AGGCGAACCACAACGACGCACCUUCUUGCGCGUUGAUCGUCAUCAUGAGCUCCAAAUACGAUGUCGUCAAGCUCAAGGUGCACCUGAGCAGCGCUCACUAUUACAUUCUCUCCCGCUUCCUCCUCUCCAGAAUGCUCAUGUUCUGCCGCAUCCCAGAAGACGCCGCGGUGCGCAUCAGUCUGGCGGUGAAGAAGCACUUUGUGAACGGAGAGCAAACCAGCAUCACGCAAGACGAACUGGAAGCCCACCUGCAAUCGGCGAUUACUGCCUUUGGCUUCUCCGAGGCGCACACGCGACUGUUUCCAGUUGUCACACAGUUCCACACGGAGCGCAUUCCACUGGUGCUGCUCAUUGCCGGCCCUGCAUGCCGUGGGAAGACAACCCUCGCUCACCUCCUCAGUGCACGCCUAAACUGCAGUACGAUCAUCAACACGGAGGUGCUGCACGACAUCAAUGCCGCCAUUGACGACCUUUUGUUGAAGCGGCUUCCUGUAAACGCCGUCGCAGCAACUUCGGAACUCUCAGCGUCGCACAGGGCGGAGGCGCAUGUCGUGGCAGCGGUAAAUGCAGAAGUGGACAAGGCGAUGCGAGAGGGGAAGGUGGUCAUUGUGGAGGGCGAGCGGCUGCGUCUCGCGCACUUCCGCCACUUCCUCGAUCCGGCUUUCCAGAUCUCAGCGGGUGCGGUCCUUCUCGGCUUUGUGCUCGACUCCCUCGACAGAUCCGCCUCGACGGUCUGCGCGGAGUACAACGAGACCGCCGUGCAUCUUCGGCCGGUGUACACGACGGAGUGCGUAUCUGUGAUGUGCGCUGCCCGGGAAGAGAACAGCACGUGCGGCGACUGCGCCGCCACGGCGCCCAGCGUCUACGUGGCUCGCUGCCGCGCUGUUGGCGACAACCUUGAACUCUCCGCCUUUCUACACAACGUGGUAGUUGAGCGGAUCAUGGAGGAACUGCAGCACCGUGGAAAAAUGACUGCCUGCGCGGAGGCAACGGAAGGCGACGACAACGUAGGGCCUCCGUCAUGA